GCUCGUGGAGAUAGUGGCUGCGAAGCUCUGAGAAAGUUCAAAGCAUGUAAAUAAACGCAGGUCUUCUGGGGAAGCUUGUAGCACUUUGGUUUUCAGCUCCCUCCAGGGCUCGUGCUGAUGAUUCACAGCAUGAGAGACCUUUCAGACUGCACUCCCAGACUUCAUAUACAUUUUCCUGUUUUCAGAAGAUUAAGAGGUGAGGUGGUAUUUGGGAUAUGAGCAAAAAUGUCUCAGGACCCAGUUUUAAAUCAGCUUUACUGCAGUGGAUGGACGUUGCAGAUGGUGCAGGAGCAGAAAGUAAUCAUUGCAGAGGCGCAGAUGAGCGUGGGCGAGGUCAUGGUCUGAAAGUUGCCCACAGCUACGGCGUCUUCCUCUGGUUGAUGCAUUACCAGCCUCGCUUCUGUGUAAGCAGAACCCAUCUCGCACAGACUUGAGUUGAAAUCCAGCCUUUAGUUCUAAUAGUCCAGGAACCAUUUUCUGUACAGGCACAAUGUUAACAUUUAUGAAUUGUGUUUGCAAUACUGGAAUUUUGUCUUUUGCAUUUUAAAUCGAUUCAAAAGAAACCUACAUAUUAAACUGAUCAGCUUCUGCUGAGUCUUUGCCUCAUGCAGAAUCCAGAUCAAGUGUCUUCAAACGAUGCAGGACCCGAGGCUGGAGUCUCUUAAGCUUGUUCCCAGUGGACGAAGAGGAAAGUGAUGAAAGUAUAGGAGGAUGCUGGGUGUUUCCAACCUGUCCUGGAGCCGAUGAGCGUGCUCUGCAUGAAGCGAGGCAGGAGGUGCUGCCCGCUGGGCGUGUCCUUAGGGACUGCUGUAAACACUGUGGAACCCUGAACGCGUCUAUUUCAGGCCUGCAGACCCAGGCUGGAGGAGGCUCCUCAGGGUCAGACGGUGAUGGAUGGUCCUGUGGCUUUAAUGGAGAGAUCAGCCUCGACAGCCAAUGCCGAGGAAUGGAUUUUGCGGGUCCCCGCAGCAGCGGUAGCGGCAGCGGAUGUCACGGUCACGCGUGGGUCAUUUCUCCCUGAGUGUGCGUGAUUCCUCACGCGCGCAACCCCCCUCCCUCCCGUCCAUCAGCGUCCUCCUCCUGCUCCUCCUGCUCCACAGCGUGGCUGUGAGGGGCCACUACUGGCUGUGUGGUUGCGGCACUGGAUGGAUGUAGCGGGCAUGUUUGCGGGUGAAGCCUCGGGCGGCGCACACGGACGGAAGUAAAAGGGGAAUUUUCAGCUCGCGUUCUUUUCUCUCCGCACCUGCCGAGCGCUCACCUCCAGCGGGGCGACAUGUCCAACUUAAACAAAAGCAAGAAGGACAAAGAAAUCCUCGCAGAAUACGAGAGCCAAGUCAAAGAUGUGCGGGCCCAGCUGGUGGAGCAGCAGCGCUGUCUGGAGCAGCAGACGGAGAUGCGGGUCCAGCUCCUCCAGGACCUGCAGGACUUCUUCAGGAAGAAGGCCGAGAUCGAAACGGAGUAUUCCAGGAACCUGGAGAAGCUGGCGGAGAGGUUCAUGGCCAAAACCCGCAGCACCAAGGACCAUCAGCAAUACAAAAAAGACCAGAACCUGCUCUCGCCCGUCAACUGCUGGUACCUGCUGCUGAACCAGGUGAGGCGGGAGAGCAAGGAUCACGCCACGCUCAGCGACCUCUACCUGAACAACGUCAUCACUCGCCUCACGCACAUCAGCGAGGACUCGGCCCGGCUGCUGAAGAGGAGUAAGGAGAUCAUCACGCAGCUUCAGGAAGACCUGAUGAAGCUGCUGAACGAGCUUUACACCGUGAUGAAGACGUAUCACAUGUACCACGUGGAGACCAUCAACGCGGAGGUGAAGCUGCGGGAGGCGGAGCGGCAGGAGGGCCGCGUGAAGGGCGUGUCAGGGAACAGCGGCGGCGUGGAGCCUGUGUUCGGCCUGCGGAUCGAGGAGCGCCACCAGAGGCGCAACGCCGCCCGCAAGAUGGAGAAGAUGCGGGAGAAGAGGAAGGCAAAGUACUCGGAGAACAAGCUGAAGACUCUGAAAGCCAGGAACGAGUAUCUGCUGACUCUGGAGGCCACCAACGCCUCCGUGUUCAAAUACUACAUCCAUGACCUGCCUGAUAUCAUAGACUGCUGUGACCUAGGGUACCACUCCAGUCUGAGCCGGGCCCUGAGGACCUACCUGUCUGCCGAGCUGAGCCUCGAGGCCUCCAGGAGGGCGGGCCUGGAGGUGCUGGAGGGGGCGGUGGAGGGCCUGGACCCGGCCCGCGACCGCCAGCGCCUGCUGGGCCUCUACCCCACUGCCUUCUGCCCCCCGCAGCGCUUCGGCUUCCAGGCCCACAUGGGCGACGCGGUGACCCAGAUCGCCUCCCAGCCCCAGGUCCAGGCCGAGCUCACGCUGCGCCUCACGCAGCUCCAGACCCGCCUGGCGUCGCUGAAGAUAGAGAACGAAGAGGUGAAGAAGACCUGGGGCGCGACCCUGAGCACGCUGCAGGACACCACGGUGCUGGAGGACUACGACGUGUCGCAGAGCUUCACCCACAGCCCGUCCUCCGAGUCGGUCAAGUCCAGCGUGUCGGACGGCUACCUGAACAAGCCCAGUCUGGCCAAGAGGCGGGCCAACCAGCAGGAGACGGAGCUCUUCUACUUCACGAAAUUCCGCGAGUAUUUGGAGGGGAGUAACCUCAUUUCCAAACUCCAGGCUAAACAUGAUGUACUGAAGAAAGCUUUAGCAGAAGGAUACAAAGCGGAGCUGCUGACCACCAGUCGUGGGCGGAAGAACUCCCAUAGCAAGCACCAGGAUUCAACCAAAGCCAUACCCUUGCUUGUGGAGAGCUGCAUUCGCUACAUCAACCUGCACGGCCUUCAGCAUCAAGGCAUAUUCCGGGUGUCCGGGUCCCAGGUGGAGGUCAACGACAUCAAGAACUCCUUCGAGAGAGGCAACGACCCGCUGAUCGACGAGGAGAGCAACCACGACAUCAACUCCGUGGCUGGAGUUCUGAAGCUUUACUUCAGGGGCCUGGAGAACCCCCUGUUCCCUAAGGACCGGUUCAACGACGUCAUCUCCUGCGUCCGCAUGGAGAACCUGUACGACAGAGCGCAGUGCAUCCGAAAGAUCCUGCUGGGCGUCCCGAGGGCGACGCUGGUGGUGAUGCGCUACCUGUUCGCCUUCCUCAACCACCUUUCCCAGUACAGCGACGAGAACAUGAUGGACGCCGGGAACCUGGCCAUCGUCUUCGGCCCCACGCUCCUGCCCACGCCGGACACGCUCGACCAGGUCGCCUGCCAGGCGCACGUCAACGAGGUCGUCAAGACCGUCAUACUGCACCACGACAACAUCUUCCCCGACACCAAGGAGCUGCCGGGGCCCGUUUACGAGAAGUGCAUGACCGGAGACCAGUACUGCGAGAGUCCUUUCAGCGAGCCGGGAGCUUUGGAGGAGGCCGAGCCCGACGGCGGCACCGAGACCCAGACCAGCGACGAGGAGGGUGAGGCUGUGGAGGCGGUGGCGCGCUUCGACUACGUGGGCCGGUCCGGCCGGGAGCUCUCCUUCAAGAAGGGAGCGUCCCUGCAGCUGUUCCAGAGGGCGUCACACGACUGGUGGGAGGGGCGGCACAACGGCACCCGCGGCCUGGUGCCUCACCAGUACAUCGUGGUGAAGGACAGGGCCGACGCCAUGUCCGAUACGCUCAGUCAGAAGGCGGACAGCGAUGGGGGAAGCAGCAGCACCGACGACAAGAGGUCCAGGAGUGAGCUGAGCUCCCCCACUGACAUCAGGCCACCAGAGACCUAUAACAGGUCUGUCAUUCACAGGAGGAAGCGAACCGAUGGCCUGUUCCGCCGCCCCCUUGGCCGCUCCAACGACAACGGGAACGGCGGGGUGAUGGAGCGAAGUUCCCCGCCGGUGACGGGCCACUUCAGCCCCAGAGACCUGCUGCUGGGCCGGAGCCAGGGCUUGACCCCGCCCCUCGACAGCCCCGAGCGCCGGCGCCGCUCCACCGCCGCCGUGACCAUGACGGUGAGUCGACACGAUUCGCUGAGACGGCCAGAGGACACGCCCGUCCGGCGCUCGAGCAGCGGGCAGCACGGCUUCAGCGACUCCCAUCGAUCCAGAGUGUUGGACCCAGACACGCUGGCGCAGGACAUCGAGGAGACGGUGACCGUGGCCCUGGGGGAGCUGCGGCAGCUGGAGCGUCAGGGCUGCCGGCCGGCUCCCGACGUGGUGCUGGACACGCUGGAGCAAGUGAAGAACGGCCCGGUCACCACCUGCUCCUCGGAGUCCCCCAGCCCCCACAGCACCCCCAGCACCCCGGGGACGCCUGGGACGCCGGGGACCCCGGGGACCCCUGGGACUCCAGGCACCCCCGGCACCCCGAGCCCUCUUAGUCCUCUAAGCCCUCUCAGCCCGCUGCCCGGACCGCCGCCGGGACCUCCCAGACCAGCCAACCCGUCCCCGGACUCCCUGGGUUCCUUCAAGCCCGUGGCAGCCGUGCGCAUUGGGGUUCCGCUGCGCCCACCGGCCCUGAGGCCCAAACCUAUGGUCCCACCCAAGAGCAGCACCCCGCCUCUGCCCUCACCACUGGACAAAUCCUGCACCAUGUGAGCCAAACCAGGCCAAUAAAAGGCCAAAUCAGGCCUACCCAGGCCAAAAACGGGCCAGACGAGGAGAUCAGGGUACUGCUUAAUGUUUAUAAUCAACAUGAGGGUAAAAACGGUAGGAAGACAAAAAGGCUUUUAAUGUAGUAAUAAAAUAUAAUAUAUGACAUGACCUAUGAUAUGAUAUGCCAUGAUAUUUAUGUGUCGUCAGGUUGGUGUGUAUUCUCUUGGUGUGUAGGAGUUUACUUUCUCCAUGUAUCGAAGCAUUUAUCAAAGGUUAGCUUAAAGAACUGCUGAUAAAGAGAUACAGGCGCGAGCACAGAUGAAGCCUGUACGAGAUCAUGGGGUGUGUAGUUCGGCUCCAGUAAAAUGUAGUUUCAGUGAUGUGAAUGUUGGCUGUACUGUCCUGAAGAUAGGCCACGCUAGCUGAGGAGCCUAUCGCCACAAAGGCUGCUGUUUCCUUACCAACCGUCACAAUUGGCUGCUGCGUCUGAGAGGACGAGGACGAGGACGCGGCAGAGUGAAGGCACCGCCGGUUCAACAACGUCCGCGUGACUUGAGUUUAUUUUUUUAUUUUUUUCCACUUUGUUCAGCUGCUAAGCUCACUUAAACCUCAAACCACGAAACGCCUCUUGAGGUCAUCAGUGACACCAAACUCACGUUAUUUAACCAACGUCCAGCUAUUUAAUGAAUGUCUCCACUAUUUAAUGACUGUUUAGCCAUCUAUUGAAUGUUCGGCGAGCUGCUGCGGCAACUUGCCCAACUUUUUAAACAGCCUUCUUGUGUUUUCAGAGGGGAAGCCCACGCCCAGACCGGAGCUUCAAACAGGGUGUGAAGGUUGAGUGGUGCAGGGAGCUUGGACAGAACUUUUCCUGGGAUGAAAUUGGGUGUAUGGUUUUGUUCUUGUUGGUGUGCGCGCAAGACGAGUGUAUUUGUAUGUGUGUGUGUGUGUGUGUGUGUGUGUGUCCUGCUUGCCUACCCUUGUUCUGCUCCCUUGUAAGUGCAGAACCACUAGAAUAGUGAUAGAUAAUAGAUAAUUCAUGCCUGCCUUGAGUGCCAGAACACGCAAGUGCAAGUUGGGUGAAACGGUGCGAGUGCAAGAAGCAUGCCAUUUUCUGUAUGUGUGUCUGAAUACUGGUUUACCUGCUUGUUACACUGAAGUCACUAGUUAAUCUUAAAUUCACAAUAAGCUAACAGGGUGGGGCUCCGUGUGUAAACGCCCAACAAAAAAAAAAAAAAAAGAACACUUGAACAGCACACUGAAUGUGGCCGCCGACCAGGCUGGUAACUGCUGUGCGUGCGGUGAUUAAAAUGAGACGUGACGUGCCGAGAUGGGCUAUGGAUGCACAUCUGUGUGUGUUUGUGCGUGCGUGUGUAGGUGAAAGUGCCUUUUUUUUUAAAUACUUGUCUUUUUUGGGGGAGUUGUGAAUCCACUCACGCAUGUCCUGAACGAAGAGCAGCAGCACUCUGAAUGAAAUAAUCAUACAAGUGUUUAGUAGAUGACUAAAUUAUGAAUUCUAGCAUUAACUCAUUGUGACAUUGCACUUUGAUGUAUAGGAUCGUGUACUUGGCAUGUAGCAUCAGAACAUGUUGGUGCAUUUUAAUUCCAAGGAAGGUUUUCUUUGAAUGUGUUUGAUAAUAAAGGACAUGGUUUUCGUCUGUUAGUGUUGCUGUAAUUGAAAACUGAGCUUCCUAAAGUUGAGCUCAUAUAGCCAAAUGGAUUGUAUUAAUGUCUUGUAUUUAUAUUAUAAAUAAACCUGAAGAAAUUAGCAUUCAAGUCAUUAACCGAUCAAACCAUUAAAUGACACUAAAUGUUUUGUUCGAACACUUAAUAAAUCUUUGUGUGUUCUGUAAA